AUUCCAGAUAGUUUAAAUCGAACAGAGAGAGGAGCCGAGUUAAGGGUGAAAAUGGAGGGUGAGCCAACUCGGGUUAUGCUGGCAGUCAACGAGUCAACGAUCAAGGGCUAUCCUCAUGCUUCGAUAAGCAGCAAAGGUGCUUUUGAGUGGACUGUUGAUAAGAUCGUCCGCUCCAACUUUUCUGGUUUCAAGCUUCUCUUUCUUCAUGUCCAAGUUCCCGAUGAAGACGGUUUUGAGGACAUGGAUAGUAUCUAUGCAUCACCUGAAGACUUUAAGAACUUGAAUAAUAGAAACAAGGCAAAAGGGCUUCAUCUACUGGAGUAUUUUGUCGAUAAAUGCCAUGAAAUUGGGAUUGCUUGCGAAGCAUGGGUUAGGAGGGGUGAUGCCAAAGAAGUGAUCUGCCAUGAGGUGAAACGAACACAGCCGGAUCUUCUGGUUGUUGGCAGCCGUGGUCUUGGUCCUUUCCAGAGGGUUUUUGUUGGAACUGUGAGCGAAUUUUGCGUAAAGCAUGCUGAGUGCCCAGUUAUCACUAUCAAGCGCAAGGCAUGUGAAACUCCUCAGGAUCCGGUCGAUGAUUGAUUGCUUGGCCAAACUUUGUUCCCAAAUAUGUUAAUAGACAAUGAAAAACCUUUUAAGAAUGAUCGUUUAAACAUUGCAUUCUGUAAACAUUGAAUGAGUACUGUGUGAAUUUGUUGAGGACAAUGACUGUCCAUUGAUAUUGUCUUCCUCAUAGCUGUGAGAUUCUUCCUGAACUUCUGUUUUAUUCGUUGAUUUUUGUGUAAAUUUGUUAUAUGGGAUUCUUUCUUUGAUAAACGACUUCAAAAUUUGUUGAAGUUCUUUUCUACUAUCA